AUGGAGAACCUCACACCUGAACAAUGGCGCGAGAUCAUGAACAGAAAGAUGCGGUUCCCUCCGGAGCUCAUCGGUGCCAUUCAGGAGGGGAAAAUGAAGCUGCUCUCUGGGCUUUUAAAGACUGGUGACGGCAUCAUCCGACAGCUUGAUGAAUCAGAGGAUCGCCAGUGGAGGGAGGCCCUCAACCUUUCCAUCCGCAUUGGUAAUGACGACGCAAUGGACGCCCUCCUGCAGGGGGUCAAGUUUGACUUCAGGCAGAUUCACGAGGCCUUGCUUGUCGCUGUGGACACCAACCAGCCCAAAGUGGUGAAGCGUCUUCUGGACCGCCUGGAUCAGGAGAAAGGCAACAAAAUGGAUGUGCGCUCAUUCUCUCAAGCGAUUUUUGACCACUCUAUUGACAACUCCCAGUUUGCCCCUGGCGUGACUCCUCUGACGUUAGCAUGCCAGAAAGACUUGUAUGAUAUUGUCACCAUGCUUACCCAGAAAGGUCACGUCAUCCCAUGGCCUCACAAGAUAUCCUGCGCUUGCCUGGAGUGCCGUAACGGCCGGCAGUAUGACCUGCUCAAGUUCUCCUUGUCUCGCAUCAACACCUAUCGUGGCAUCGCCAGCCGUGCUUACCUGUCCAUCACUUCUGAUGACGCCAUGCUCCGGGCUUUCAGUCUCAGCAGAGAGCUGCGCAAGCUCUCACAGAAAGAGCCAGAGUUCAAGCCACAGUACCUGGCUCUAGAGCAGCUUUGUCAAGAGUUUGCUGUUGAGUUGCUGGGCAUGUGUCGCAACCAGAGCGAGGUCACCACCAUCCUGAACAGCUGCGGAGACGAGAGCCAGGAUGAGCAGGCCUUUGAGAAGGGAAUACCCAACCUGUCUCGUUUGCGGCUUGCUGUGAACUACAACCAGAAGCAGUUUGUGGCACACCCAAUCUGCCAGCAGGUGCUGUCAUCUAUCUGGUGUGGGAACCUGGCAGGUUGGAGAGGUAGCAGGACAGCCUGGAAGCUUCUAGUCUCUGUGGGGAUCUUCCUGACCAUGCCCCUCCUCUGCCUGGUUUACUGGAUUGCACCCAAGUCUAAGGUGGGAAAGAUACUGAAGAUUCCUGUGAUCAAGUUCCUCCUCCACUCAGCCUCCUAUCUGUGGUUCCUCAUCACAUUACUUGGAGAAUCAAUAACAAUGGAGAUGUAUCGAGAUAAGUUUGCUUCAAGGCAGCAGAACAUGCUGCACAGCUCCUUCCACAUGGUGUGGGUAGUUGGAUUCUUUUGGUAUGAGUGUAAAGAAGUGUGGAUCGAGGGGCUUCGAAGUUACUUCCUGGACUGGUGGAACUGCUUGGACGUAAUGGUGCUCAGCAUGUACCUGGCAUCAUUUGCAUUACGUGUGCUCAUCAUGCUCAAAGGAUACGUUCUCUGCAAUGACCAAAGCGGUGGAGAGGAGUGUAUCUACUUCACCCAAACAUUGCGGGAAAACUGGCAUCAGGAGGAUCCCCAGCUGAUCGCAGAGGUGUUGUUUGCUGUGACAAGCAUGCUGAGCUUCACACGGCUGGCGUACAUCCUUCCGGCUCACGAGUCCCUGGGAACUCUGCAGAUAUCCAUUGGAAAGAUGAUUGAUGAUAUGAUGAGGUUCAUGUUUAUAUUGAUGAUCAUUGGGACAGCCUUCCUCUGUGGGAUCAACAACAUCUAUGUCCCUUAUGUCGUCUCUCCACAUCUGGGCAGGUUUAAUGAGACGUUCCACUUCUUAUUCUGGACCAUGUUUGGUGUUGCCAACCAGGACUACGUGGACAUGCCUGAGUUUGUUUUGGCUGAGUUUGUUGGCAGGAUUCUGUACGGCAUCUUCACGCUCGUCAUCGUCAUCGUCCUGCUCAACAUGCUCAUUGCUAUGAUCACCAACUCCUUUCAGAAAAUUGAGGAUGAUGCCGAUGUUGAGUGGAAAUUUGCCAGAUCAAAGUUAUACCUCAGUUACUUCAGAGAUGGCCUCACCAUGCCUGUGCCCUUCAACAUCAUCCCCUCACCCAAAGCUGUCUUUUACAUAUUAAGGGGAAUCUUUAGGCGAAUCUGUUGCUGCUGCACUUGUAGUUCUGAGGAUAAAUAUCCCCCUAUAGCCUCCAUGACUAUAGAUAAGGCAUCUGAACAAAGUCAGUCACCUUACCGGCAGCAGGUGAUCAGAGCUCUGGUUCAGCGCUACAUUGAGUCAGCCCGGAAAGAGUUUGAAGAAACCAAGAGGAAAGACAUCGGUAAUCGGAUCACUGAGCUUAGUAAAGCAGUCUCCAGGAUGCACAAUGACAUGAAAGUCAUCCAGCAGCUUGUCAUAGAUGAUGGACACACUGUAAGCGAUGCUCUGAACAGGGAGGGCUCCUCCAUACUAGGGAAAUACAUCAUUGGUGCCAAGAAUAAUUUUAGAGGUUUUAACAGCAGACAGGAUGAUAAAAAUACAUCUCUCAAAGUGACCGUGCACCAAGGAGAGGAAGAGGUGGAUAAAGAAAAGGUUGACUCAGAUACUAAACAGGAGUCUGAUAUUAAUCAGAACCAGACGAGUGAAUGUGGAGCAGACAUGUCGAAGCCGGUAACAGACUGUGAUGUGGUGAAAAUGGAAGAAGGCAGAGUUGAAACGGAGCCACAAGAGGAAAGGCAAAGUGAGACAAUAGAGCAGGCAGGAUCAGACAAAAAUAAAAAUUGUGACAUUAAGGUAAAAGAAGGGGUGAUGGAGAGGACAAGUUUAAAUAAUACAGAGGGGAAUGAAAAUGAGGCCAUGCAGAAUGAGGAAGAAAAAAAAAAGGAAGAAGAAACACUCACAGGGGCAAAGGAGGGCCACAUGGAAACAGAGCUGCAAGAAAAAAAGGUGGAGACAAAAUGGAUGAUGGGUAGAAAGUUUGAGUAUAAUGUGCCUGAAAUUUCUGGUGUCAGGGAGGGAAAAGAAAAAACUGGAACAAAGAAAACAAUCCCCUCACCUACAGGGAGCAGCAGCUCACAGGACACGGGCUUUGGUUCCCAGGAAGGAGAGGGGUCAAUCGAUGGGAUACUAGUGAGUCCAUAA